UAAACAUAGUGGGUGGUUGGGGACACGAGAAUUUAGUUUACGUCGUUGGCUGGAGGAGUUCUACAGCCAUGGUGAAGGGAGAUGUCAACAAGCCGAAAGGCAAAACGUCCGCCUAUGCAUUUUUCGUUCAGAGCUGCCGCGAUGAACACAAGCUGAAAAACCCAGAGAUCCCGAUAAACUUCGCUGUGUUCUCCAAGAAGUGCUCCGAGCGUUGGAAGGCCUUGGCAGACACAGAAAAGAGAAGGUUUGAGGACAAGGCCAAGGUAGAUAAGGCUCGAUAUGACCGGGAGAUGAAAAACUAUGUUCCACCCAAAGGCAUGGGAAAGAAGGGGAAGAAAAAGAAGGAUCCCAAUGCCCCCAAACGACCUCCGUCAGCUUUCUUUAUUUUCUGCUCAGAGUAUAGACCAGCAGUGAAGAGUGAGAAUCCGAACUUGUCCAUUGGAGAAACCGCUAAGAAACUGGGUGAGAUGUGGUCAAAAAAAGGCACCAAAGACCGAGCACCCUAUGAGCAGAAAGCAGCAAAACUGCGGGAGAAGUAUGACAAGGAUAUGGCUACUUAUCGGGCCAGGGGCGGGGCUGGGGGCGGAGCUGCCAAGAGGGGGCCGGGCAGACCUACUGGCACCACAAAAAAACUUCAGGGCGCAGAGGCAGAAGACCAGGAUGAUGAUGACGACGAUGAGGAUGAAGAGGACGAUGAUGAUGAAGAUGAGGAAGACGAUGACGACGACUAGAGAGCGUGUUUGUGUGUUCCAGUGCUGGCUCUUUUAGACAGUAAUACUUAUUUGGCUGUGUGAAUGUGUGUGGAUUUUACCAUAUUCUCUAUUGUUUCAUGAAUUCAUGUACAGAUAUGUAAAUAGCCUGUUUUACCCAAGACCAGCUUGAACAAUGAUGCAAAAUGUAGACUAGGAUUUUUUGUAGUAUGUGUUUGCAUUUUUUUUUUUCAUUCAAAUGCUCAACAUUUUGU